AGACUAAAAUAAAAAAAAUAUAAUAAUAUUGUAAAUUUUAAAAUAACAAUUUAUUAAAUAUUUGCAAUGAAAUGAAACUUUAACAAUUAGUUUUAUACAAACAGUGAAAGCUAAAAGAUCUUUGUUGAACUGAGUAAAAUUUUAAUCUACACGUGAUCAUCUCAAGUGCCUUAAGAAGACAGAAUAAAAACAAUUUAACAUAAAAUAAUAAAACAAAAAUAAAAAUUUUAUUAAAAUGAGUGAAACAAACAAUAAUAAAGAACUUUUAGAAAGACAUCAUCGUCACGAUUUAGUUACUACAGCAGAAUGUCAAUUGAUAUUGGAGAAAAUCUUAAAAGAAGAAAAUCUUAAGGGGUCAUUGGUUUCAUAUGAUAUCGUACCAGAGCUGGGCACUGUUGGCUAUUUGGGUGAAUAUUUUCAUUUGUAUAUAAAAUAUCAAUUAGAAAAUGAAAAUAAUGUAACGGAAAGACGUCUAUUUGUUAAAACCAUGCCCUAUCAGAAUCCCGAUAUGACGGAUUUUAUCGAAAGAUCAGGUAUUUUGAAAAAAGAGUCAACGCUUUAUAUGAGACUACUAAACGAAUUGAGGAAAUUUUCUCCCAACAUCUGGUGUGCCGAAUGUUAUUUGGUGAAACCCGAUCUAUUUGUUAUGCAAAAUAUUGUGGACUUGGGUUAUGAACCCUUAAAGGAAGUGACCAACUUUUUAAAUAAACAAUCAAUAGAAACUAUACUAAGAGGCUUAGCCUCCAUGCAUGCCUGCAGUUUGGGAUUUGAAAAACAGAAACAAACUAAAAUUGAUGAACUACUAAAGGAUGUGUUAUACGAGGUAACAGUUUCCCCCAGAGUGGUCUGGUAUACAGCCGGGCUUAAGGCUGUUUUGGCGGUAACCCUCAAACACCCCCUAUAUCAAGCUGAACCUUUACAACUUUUCAUCAAAAAUGAAUUGCCUUCGAUACUAAAUACUGUAUACGAUAUGGUUAAUCCUUCUACGAAAUAUUGUAAUGUCUUCUGUCACCGUGAUGUCUGGGGUGGAAAUGUUUUCUUUGCCAAAAGCGAUCCGUAUAAGAAAGGCGCCGUAUUUGUGGACUUUCAAUUGUGUCGCUACUCACCGGCUGCUAUAGAUAUUCUUAUGACUUUAUACAUAAAUAUGAAACCUUGCGAUAGAAAGCUGAUUGAAAAGGAUUGUUUUCAAUAUUAUUAUAAAGAAUUUUCUCAGGAAUUAUCAAAUAUGGGUUUAAAGUCUGAAGACUUCAUAACGUACGAGGAUUUCUUAAAGUCUCUUAAGGAAUUGGCUUUAUUUGGCGCCCUUUACAAUUGUAUGUGUGCUACGAUUCUAAGAGUUCCCGGAGAUUAUUUGAAGGAUAUGAAACUGAAUCGACCAGAGGAUUUCCAUCAUUAUACAAAUGUCGAUCGUACACAGGAGGUUUUGGAACUAAUGAAAAAUGAUAAGGAAUUUGGUAGUUAUAUGCUGGAAUGUGUGGAGGAUAUGAUGGAAUUAAUAUUGAAAAGUAAUUAUGUUUAAGGUGAAAAUAAAGUAAUAUUUAAUUCCAGAGAAAA